CACUCUCGUUCAGGGCAAGGAGCCUCAGCAAAUGCUCUGUGAAAGUGCUAGAGGGGCUUAAAAUCCAACCCUUCAUGCAAAGCUUCACAAAAAUACAACAGAAUGCUCUGUCUGUGGCUGGGGUCCUCGUAGCCAUGCCAUGGGUAUCUUUUCUGUGCUUGCUCUACCACUGCUUCUGAUAGGGAUAAGUGGAAUUAUUUAUAUUUACCAGUCGGUCAGGUGGCUGCUGUCCAAGUCAGCGGUGCAGAACAAGGUAGUGGUGAUCACGGAUGCCAUCUCUGGACUAGGCAAGGAAUGUUCUCGUGUGUUUCAUGCAGGAGGAGCAAGGCUUGUGUUGUGUGGCAGGACAUGGGAAAAGUUAGAAGCUUUGUAUGAUGCCUUAAUUAGCGUGACAGACCCCAGCACGACCUAUGCCCCAAAGCUGAUACUCCUGGAUAUCACAGACAUAAGCUGCAUUCGAGAUGUAGCUAAGGAGAUCCUGAACUGCUAUGGCUGUGUGGAUAUCCUGAUCAACAAUGCAAGCAUGAAGGUGAAAGGAGCAGUGCAGAGCAUUUCACUGGAACUUGAUAAGAAGAUAAUGGAUGCCAACUAUUUUGGACCGAUAACAUUAACCAAAGCCAUUCUUCCUAACAUGAUCUCAAGAAGAACUGGCCAAAUUGUUCUCAUUAAUAGCAUCCAAGGGAAAAUAGGGAUUCCAUUUCGUGCAGCUUAUGCUGCUUCCAAGCAUGCUGCUGUGGGCUUUUUUGAUUGUCUUAGAGCUGAAAUGGAAGAGUUUGAUAUUUCUGUCAGCACCGUGAGCCCAACCUUCAUCUGCUCAUACCAUCGCCAGCCAGCACCAGGCAACUGGGAGGCAUCUAUUUGGAAAUUCUUUUUCAGGAAGGUGUCCUACGGCGUGCACCCCGUGGAGGUGGCAGAGGAAGUCCUUGCCACAGUGAGCAGGAAGAAGCAGGAGGUGCUCAUGGCCAAUCCCAUCCCCAGAGCAGCAGUGUACAUCAGAACAUUCUUCCCCGAGCUGUUUUUUGCCGUUGUUGCCUCAGGGAUUAGGGAAAAGCUGAAGACAGAAGAGGAAAACUGAUUUUGUUUGUUCUGGGUUUUUUUUCCCU